AUCGCCGUUCCCUUAUCCGUAGAGAAACACAGAGCCCAACGCAGAAACAGAACUUACAGAACGAUGAUUCCUUACAAUCUUCAUUCUCCUGCUCCAAAUUUGAUUUUGCUUCCGUCCACAGCAUUCUCGCCUCCUAAUUAUGUUACCAAUGCGUAUGAUCUUCGCGCGUCAGGGAUUUGGAUUUCGACGAAUAUAAGUCGAAGAAAUCGAAGACGGACGACAAUGAGCGUUGGAGCCGAAGCCUUAAGUCCAGUGGUGCCUCCUCAGGUCGUGAAUCGGCUUUAUCUUGGGAUGGAUUUUGGUACCUCUGGCGCAAGAUUUGCGCUCAUCGACCAGGAAGGGACUGUUCGUGCUGAAGGAAAGAGGGAGUACCCGCUCUAUAAGAGCGAUGAAACAAUCGAUUGGGCAAGUUCGUGGAAAACAACACUUUUUUCACUGCUUGAAGAUGUUCCAAAUCAUUAUCGUCAUUUGGUGGCAUCUAUUUCCAUUGAUGGCACAUCUGCAACUACCAUGAUUGUUGACAGUAACACUGGACAGCCAUUGUCAAAACCAUUCUUGUACAAUGAGAGUUGUCCUGAUGCCUUACCAUUGGUGAAGUCUAUUGCUCCUGUAAACCAUACAGUCUGCUCUGCCUCGUCUACUUUGUGUAAGCUGGUUUCAUGGUGGAACCGUGCUGACUCGAAUAAAGAAUCUGCCAUGUUGUUACAUCAAGCAGAUUGGUUGUUGUGGUUUCUACAUGGAAAGCUUGGGGUUUCAGAUUAUAAUAAUGCUCUGAAGGUUGGCUAUGAUCCUGAAGUUGACUCUUACCCACCCUGGCUUCUCGCUCAACCAUACUCUCAACUUUUACCUUACGUCAAAGCUCCUGGAACUUGUAUUGGGUAUUUGAAAGAGGACAUUAGAUCACGAUUCGGUUUUCCAAAUGAUUGCAUUGUAUGCACCGGAACCACAGAUAGUAUUGCUGCAUUUCUUGCAGCACGUGCAACACUGCCAGGGCAAGCUGUCACUUCCUUGGGCUCCACGCUUGCCAUAAAACUAUUGAGUACCAGCAGGAUUGACGAUGCACGGUUUGGCGUGUACAGUCACCGACUUGACAACAUGUGGCUCGUGGGAGGAGCUUCAAACACAGGAGGAGCCGUGCUUAGACAAAUUUUUACUGAUGAGGAAUUAGAAGAAAUGAGCAAACAAAUCAAUCCCAUGAAAAGUUCUCCUCUAGAUUACUAUCCACUGACGUCGAUUGGAGAGAGGUUUCCGGUGGCAGACCCACAAAUGUCUCCCAGAUUACAUCCACGACCAGAAAAUGAUGUUGAAUAUUUGCAUGGGAUUUUGGAAUCUAUUGCGCGCAUCGAGGGAAAUGCUUAUAGGUUAUUGAGGGAUUUGGGAGCAACCCAGGUUGAAGAAGUGUUCACAGCUGGAGGUGGAUCCAAAAAUGAGAAAUGGACGAAGAUCCGAGAGAGAGUUCUUGGUUUCCCUGUGCGUCGAGCAACUCAGACGGAGGCUGCUUAUGGAGCUGCUCUAUUGGCAUUAAGAGGUGCCCAAUCAUCCAUAUAAUUGUAGCUUUGAGUGAAGAAAAAUACUUUGAGUGCUUAUUUGUCAGUCUUUUAUUGAUUACCAUUAAAAUUUUGACAAAUUAGAAAGAGAAAUAAAAAACUGUCUAAUUUUUAUUGGUAGUCAGUAUAAAGAUGGAUAUGGAACAAUAAUUACUUGAGUUUUGUUUAGGAAGGAAAAUGAUUCGGUUGAAUAAAAAAUAUUAUUAAUUAGUUUGUA